CCCCUGGCUGUGAAGCCACCGAACCCUUUUGGCCUCUCCCCUCCCUUUGCCCAUCAAGCGGAGCUGGUGCGGCUGCAGGCGUGUGCCAGGGAGGACACGGCGGGUGCGGCGCUGGCCUGGGCAGACCUCAUGAGCCAUCGCCCGCCAGGUGGCCUUUGUCCCUUUCAGCUUCGGGGCAGUGUCACUGCGUGGUGCUGGGGGCCACAACCGUCCCCAGCUGGCUCGCCCAGCCAGUGUGUGCCAACGGACAGAGACUGUGAAGAGAAGGACACGGCUUGGUGCCAGUGCAGCUGGCCCUGCACGCUUUGUGGCAGGGACAAGGCCUGUGAGCGGUGCCUUUGGUUGGACACCCGUUUCACCCACCCUGGGGACCCCUGGCCACAGGGACACGUCCACCCCCACCACCAUCCUGGCAUUGGCGCCACCCCAGCCUGGCCCUGGCAGGGCAGGAGGAUGGGCAUCUGCUUUCGCCUUGUUUCCAUCACCCCUGGCUUAGCAUUUGCCCUUGGCAGUGUGGGAGGCUCUGGGUCCGGCGCCAUGGGGGCAGGAGCUCUGGUGCUUCACCCACGAUUCAUUUCUGUCACGACAGGAUGUCACCGGCAACCUCCAGCCUCCCUGAGACGGGGACCUCAGCCCUGCUGGUGUGUCCUCCCUGCCCACGCUGCUGCCAGCCGAGGGGUCCGGCCGCCCCGGCCCUGCCUGGCCUUGCCACGUGUGCGCUGGGCACUCGGCACUGUCCCUGGGGCUGGGCAGUGGCACCCCUGCAGAGGGGCAAGUGGUGGGGCAGAGGGGUAUUUCACAGGGUAUUUCACAUGCUGGCACCAGCUGUUUCUCCCCUCUGCCCCCACCACAUUCCUCCCCCCAGAGCCCCUCACCCUGCCUCCUGCCUGCCCUCACUUCCCCACCACAGGGCAUCGCUGCGGCUGUGCCACCUUUCCACUGUGUCCCCCUCCUUUUCCCCCUUGCCCUGGCACUCAUUGCUCAGCGUCUGAGUGGUGGUACUGGGAGAGCGGUUGCUGUGCCCCGGGAUGCCUUCUGAAGCUGUGAGUGGGGUGGCUUUGAGGUAUGAGGACAAGACAACCCAGCUGGGUGCUGGUGCAACCGGACAGUGGUGCCUGGGGUGGUGGAAAGGGGAAGGAUGGACUGCAGUGGUGGGCCGGCAUCAUCACCUAGAGCUGGCAGCGUCACCUGGAGCUGGCAGUGCCACCAGGGCUGGCUGUGGGCACCCCCUUGGCCAGCAGUGUCCCUCCUUUCUGCAGAGGGUCCUGCUGCCUUGUCACCCAUGGGGGCUGUGCCUGGCACCCACAGCCCAGCAGUACUCCCCAGUGCACAGCUCCCCAGCAACCCACAGUGGUGCCCAGAGGCAGGGUGAUGGCAGGGCCCAUGAUGCUGACCCCAGCCACCCACCCUGUAGGUGCCCCAGGCUUUUACAGCACCCCAGGGUGGCCGUGCACAGUCCCCCCUCCUUCCUGGGGAGCACCCAGGGCCAAGCUACCCGUGUGUGUCCCCACUGCCCUUUCUGCCUCCCUGGCACAGGCUCGGCUGGAGGCCCUGGGCUGGCUCCAGCCCACCGGCAAGCAGGCAGCACUGGGCACCCCAGCUCACUGCCAUGGGACAGCACACCAUGUGGGGAGGUGGAUUGGGGCCAGCCCUGGCCCCACUCAAGGGCACAGAAGCAGGGGCACACCCAGGUGGCAGCUGUCUGCUGUCCCCGUGCCCCCCGAUCUUGCCAGUCCUGUAUGCCACCUGCUAUAGAUUGUGAUACAAUAUACAGUAUUUUCAAUAGGGGAAAAAUGGGGGGGAGAUAAGCUCUAUUUUCAGAUUUUUCAGACCAUAUUUUUUUUAACGGCAUACUGGAAACUGGCUGGUCCUGGGGUGGGGUGGAUGGCAUGGGUGGGCAGGCCCUCACUUGGGGUGUCCCCUGCUCCACUGCUGGGCCCACUCUGCCUUCCUGGGUGAGAACUGGGGGAUAAGCCAGCUUGGGGUUAGCCCUGUGCCACCAGGGAGAGAGGGGAUGGUGUAACUUUUGGGUCCUCAGAUGUGACCUCGGUCGUGGCACCUCAGGGUGGGCAUGGUGUCCUGCUCUAUGCUCUGGCCAGGGCUUUGUCCUUGCACCAUGCCCACCCAGCUGCCCUGCCCCUCAGGGCUGCAGGAGGGCACCAGCACCCCAGGCACAGACCCUGCCACCCCCCCACCCCAACCCUCCCAUCUGCAGAGCUGCCACCACCCACUGCUGUGCCACUGUCCCCAGGCCGGGUCCCCAUGCCCUGUGGCUUUCAGUGGUCAAUGGAGAUGCUUUUGUGCUCCCAGGGCACACUUGCCAGCACAGCCUGGGUGGCUGCGGUGGCCUCCCUGCCCUGAGCUCGGGGCUGCCCAGGCACAAACACUGCUGGGGGCACCCUGAGGGUGGCAGCAGGGUGGGAAUGGGAGGGCAUUGCCCCCGGGCAGGGGUGGCCGCUGCCUUAACACCAUUCGCUUCGUUGAGUUUGGCCCCACUUCCUGCUUCGCCUCCCUCUGCACGUCCUUGGCCACCAGCCACGGGCACAGUGCCAGUGCCACACACGUCCCCGGGCACGGGACACCCUGAGGGGUGGGGGGAUGGCUUGGAGGAGCCUGUACAUUGCUAGCAAAAGAAAAAAAAAAAGAUGAAAUGUGAAAAUAAUGAUCGUUUUAAAUAAAAAAUAGUAACUGGA